AUGGCCUCAGAUGGCCAGGCUAGCCAUCGCAACGAAGUUGACCUACUACUCAGCAAACUCAAGCAUCUCAAUAUAACUAAAUCUAUCUAUUAUGAUUCUACUUGUCCUAUCGCACAAGGCGGCUUUGGUGAUAUCUUUAAAGGAUGCUACAAACGGGAGGAUGGUGCUGAACUCUGUGUUGCCAUCAAGCGUCUGAGAGUCUAUCUGGACGGUGGCAGAGAUGUCACAAAAAUCUUUAGGCGCGAGAUUAUGGCUUGGAGCCGGUUGAAGCAUCCUAAUAUUCUUCCUCUGGUAGGAUACACGCUUGAAGAGACUGGUGACGACUCAUCACGGCUACCUUCUCUAAUCUCCGAAUGGAUGGAAAAUGGUAAUAUACUAGAUUUCGUCACGCGCCGCCCGGAUUGCAAUAUUGAAAAACUGAUUCUUGGUAUGGCAGAAGGGCUUGCUUAUCUCCAUGCAAAUAAAACCGUACACUCUGAUUUCAAAUCUGGGAAUGUACUGAUUUCUUCAAACCAAGAUGCCCUUAUCAGCGACUUUGGAGCUGCUCAUGUUUCCUAUGAUACUCAAAGAAACGGUGCAUCGAGUACGGUCACAGGACCAAGAGGGACCGCCAGAUGGCUUGCUUAUGAACUGCUCGCGCACUCGGAGCAGUAUGAAGCACCGACUUACGAGUCAGAUACCUGGUCAUUUGGAAUGACUGUAUACGAAGUCUUGACCCAGGAAAUACCAUAUGCUCAAUUCAAACAUGAAGGACAAAUCGCACUUGCAAUAAUACAGAAGAGGCUUCCUUCCCUAUCAAUUCAGCUUCAACAGGGACGCUGGGGUCAGCUCUGCGAUAUUUGCCGGGAUUGCUGGAGAUUGGAUCCCAUUCAACGUCCUACAAUGGCUGCUAUUGCUCAGCGAACUAAGGCUGGGUAUCUUCGCAACGUCGAACCGACCUAUCAGUCCGACACCUCAAUGCCAAUAUCCAUCAGAGGUCGUCCUUUUUCGAUGCCCGGUCACAUUCCAUUGGACCACAAAGCACUGACCAUUUUCUUCCGUUCUCGGCACGACGAUCACAUUCACAGCGUGCACCAGAGCGGGAUUACACACGCGCUGGAUUUUCCGAUGGACAUUGAAGCGGAAACGCCACAUGUACUGGAUGUGCUCAUUGCAGUUUGCAUGCCGCAUGCAACUUGUAAAAUGGAUGGAUUCUCGGAUUGCAAGUCACUGCUCUAUCCACCAAACCUAUCACUGACUACAACACUCGAGUUGUCGAGUCAUCCAAUUCUGGCGACGAUCCGGACCACUUUAUUUGCUCACCUCACGUCAAACCAAUAUCUUGUAGCAGUAAAAGAUACGAUGCAGCUCGUACCCGCUGGAGGGCACAUGUGCCCACAGAGGUAUUCGACACAAGAAGCUAAUAAAGUUGCGACACUCGUCAUCACAUUGCCCUCGCAGUUCAGUGGCGGAGCGCUUACUGUGCAUAAUCUCGAGCGUAAUGAGGAGAAUUACUACAGUGGGGAUGAGAAGCUUGGUGACGUAGAGUGGACUGCGUUUCUGGCAGACUGUGGUUACGAAGUGGAGACAGUGCGCAAGGGUAUCCGAUUGAUGAUUUCGUAUAAUGUUCUCCUGCGCACUCAUGGUUCGCUCGCCUCCCCCGAUCCGACCAAUACCGCUUCCGAGUGA